GGCGCUGGCCGCGGCGCAGGGGCAGGCCGCCGCCGCCGCCCAGGGCCAGGCGCAGGCGCAGGCGCCCGCCCAGGCGCAGCCCGAGGGGGCCGCUGGAGGCGGCGCAGGGCCCGCGGAGGCCCCGGGGAAGCGCAAGGCCGAGGACGGACGAGGUGGCGCCUGCCGGCACCGCGGCGAAGGCGGCGCCUGCCGGCACCGCGGCGGAGGCGGCGCCACAGGAUGCCCGCCCGGCCGCCGAUGGGCCGGAGGCCCCCGCGGCGAAGCGGAGCAAGACGGAGGAGGGGACGCCGGAGCGGCAGCCUCAGGACGGACGGCGCCGCGGACGAGCGCGCAGAGAGCCGGGAGGGGGCCGCGGAGCCGGAGGCGAAGCCGCCAGAGGGUGGGCCGACGGCGGACGGCACCGCCGCGGCCGCCGAGGGCGGCGACGGGAGGGAGGCGGAGCCGGCGAAGCCCGCCGCGCUGCCGGCGCAGCCGGAGGCUCCUCCCGCGGAGCCCCCGUGGAAGCCCCCCGAGAAGCCGGUGGAGAAGCUGCCAGUGUCGCCGGGCGCUUCGGUGGACGAGUUCCGCCAGCAGUAUCAGGCGUAA